AUGGUUGCGACAGGGGUUAGCAAAGUUCCUUAUUUCUUCUCUACCAGGUGCAGUAAUUCAAGUUUACAGAGUCAAUAUGGAACACCAGCACUUGCCAAUGAGAUCAAAGAAGCUCUUGAAGGGAACAAUGACAUGGCAAAGAUAGAAGCCAUGAAAAAAGCUGUCAUGCUUCUACUUAAUGGUGAAACACCACCACAUAGAAACUUUGAAGCCAUGAAGCAUGAUAUCACAAUGAUGCUAUUGAAGCCAACUCUUACUAGAGGCGCUGAUGAAUCCCAUCAACAGGGAGUGCCUGUAAUGAAAAAUAAUAAUAAUCAGAAAGUUGCGAGUAUAGGUGUGAGCCAGAGGAGUGAAGUUACAAGCGAAACGAAUGUGAUGCAUGACUGGGACCCGUCUGAUUGGUGGUUUAUGCAUGAAUAUCCUCCACCGCCACCACCAAGUGUUGUGAAAGAUGAAGGUGGUGGUGGUAAUAAAGGAAAGAAACCAACAACAACAUAUACCAAGAGUCAUAGUAGAAGCAUAGUGGUAAUGCCAAUGGCAGUAAAAAUAAUCAAGAUGAAGCCAAGAAGAGAGAGAAAGCCAAGAGGAGGAGGAGUACGGAUUCAUUCCCCAAAUAAUAACACGGAAGAUGAAGCCCCUCCAUUUAAGCAGCAGCAACAACCAGGUUUUAGGAAGUAUGGGCAAAACAACCGUGGUGGUGGUGGUGGGCGGAAACAUAAUAGCAAUAAUAAUGCAAAGAUAAACCAAGAAAAUCCGAGGCAAAAUCUGCAUUAUGAGUAUCAGCCACUCGGAUCAAACAAACCGGAUGCACGUACAGCUACAGUUGCAGCUGCAACUGAUGGAUAUGGGAAUGCAAUGGGUCAGAGGCAGAUCAUGGACUUCCAACCUGGCAAAUUUCUUAAUGGAAAAGAAGUCCAUUAUAAUCAACAUGGUUUGUUACUUCUAGAAGGACAAGGCAUUUAUUGUCUGGGUGAUAGCUGUGACACUAUUACCUUCAGGUUUACCAAUCCAAUCUACAUGUCACAUUCCCUAGUAACUGAUUCACUAGGAUCCAUCAAACGCUCUAUCUUUCUGCUGAAGAGAACCGUCCCUUUUGAUUACUGA